AUGAUGGGUUACUUCGAACACCUACCCCGCCACCCUCCGCCCUCGGACCCCAGGAGCCCUCUCCUUCUCGCCUGCCACGGCCCGCCCUGCCCCUCCUUUGGCGCCUGCUCGGCGCGCUUCCCCAACGUGCAGGCCUGCUGGAACCCCCACCUGGUUGAUGAACCUGAGGACACACCCAUUCCCCCUAUAAACUGCCCCUUUAAGGGCACCAGUGGCGGGGAGAGUGGGAGAGGGGAGUUUGACCCGGAGUGCUCCCAUCGGGAGGACUUCACAUCGCACGGGGGGUCGGCGCUGCAGGUGAUGCGGCUGGAGGAUGUGUUUGUGACGGACAAUGGAUUCGCUGUCAACCAAUCCCAUGUGUUCGUGCGCAACGGGUGCCGACGGUUCUGGAGAAAGACCAGGUACAAGCAAGGGCACAUGGCGCAGCACGUGCAGGGAGCGGCGUUCAACUGGGCGCACCUGAUGGGCAAGAACUUCUUCCACUUUACUGUCGAGCUCGUCCCGCUCUUCCUCGUCGUCGCUCCCCUCAUGCCCACGCUCAGAACGCUGCCGAUAAUCCUCAGGAAACCCCAGUGGCUGUACUACGACAAGUGGGCGGCACCUCUAAUGGGAAUAGAGCGAGACACCAUGCGCAUGCUGCCCAUCUAUUUCAAUGACCUCAUUCAUGUCGACGUGCUUUACCAGCCCAUAUACCAAGACUGCGACCGUCCCAGCCCGUCGCUCUGGCAACUCCUGCGCAGGCGCCACCUCCUCCACCCCUCUGGCCUCCCUCUCUUCAACCGUGACUGGACCUACCGUCAACAUUAUGCCCCCCUCUCUGCCUCUGAGGCGCGCGCCUUCCCACCCGACUGGCUGGUGGUGCUGGCGAGUCGGCCGGAGGGCGGGGCGAGGGCGCUGGUGAAUAAAGGCGAGGUGGAGGCCAUGCUGGUGCAGCGGUUUGGGCGAGAGAGGGUGGUGGUGUUUGACGGCUCGAUGCCCAUUCUGCAAG